AUAACACCCCACCCUGCCCCACCCGCUGCUCUGCUCUGCGCUGUGCUGUUCUCUGCGCCCUGCUCUGCUCUGCGCUACCAGCUGUUUCUGGUUUGGAGCCGGGGCCUGCACAGCGGAGGAGGCGCAGGCAGACCGCGGUCAUGGAGCGGCAGCUGGAGCUCGCCGCCCUCGCUGUGGCCCUCUGCGGGUGGUUCUGUGCCAUUCUGACACGCUGCCUGGCCCUGUGGACGGUGAGCGGCACCCUCAACAACCUGACGGCCACGCUGCCGGCCUACUGGGAUGGGGUGUGGCUGGAAUGGGAUCACUGGGACCUGGCCCAUGAUGGCAGCCUGCACUGCUCCUUCUACCAGCUGCUGAUGUCUCUUUCUGGGAGCUUUCGGACGUGGAGGGCGCUCAUCAUGGCGGCUAUAGGAGCCGGGUCCUUUGCUGUGGUCAUCGGUGCAGUGGGGGCAGUGUGGUUCCCUGCACGUGGUCAGGUCAAAGUGUUCGCUGGCGCUCUCUUUGCUUUGUCUGGAAUCCUGCUGCUCGUUCCCACAGCGUGGACGUGCCAUCACACCACGCAGCCUCUGGAGGGCACUGUGCUGCUGAGGAGAGCGUGGGGACCUGCACUGUACCUUGGAUGGAUCUCCUUCGCACUGAUGCUGGCUGGAGGGGUGUUCCUCAUGACCAGAUGUCACAGCGGCAGCACGAAGCCACAGCAGCCUCAAGUGGGUGCGUACCCGACUCAAGAAGAUCAGUCUAACCACCCACUGAGCAGGAUCAACAGGACUACGUUCACACACAGCCAGUACGAGCGCAGAUCAGAGCCUAUCUGACGAGAAGGGAUUCAGCAGGGAAUUGAUUCAUGUGAUACACUGGUUUGACUAAGCCUGACCUUGACAUUAGAAAGCACUAGUGUCAUUUCACUUUUUACACUUGGAGGUUUCAUUUUCUACUUUUUGUGACUGUAUCGACCUGUUGCCAUAACUGAAACCAAACCAGUUCAUGCACUAGAGAUACUGACCAUAACGCCAGAUCCUGCACCUCUGAAGAGUUAUCACACGGCGUGUUUGGUUUGGUGAGAAAGGUGAACAUGUUUACAUCUGAUAUUAGUUUGUGCUGUUACCGUCACUACUAUAUGUAUAUAUUGUAGCAUUUUCUUUUUGUCGUGUUAAGUAUUUCAUAGUGUGUGGUGUAAAGAAAGUAGCCAGUGUUUUGAGUAGCUUAACAACAUUUAUUUCUAAUCAACAUUUUAGUUCUGUAUGUGUCGUUUACAAUGUUUGGAAGUUGCUUCAUGUGAAUGUAGAUCACAGAACAUGAUGAUUUAUGUUUCAUCAACUUUACAGUGAAAGUUGACCUAAAACACAAAAUGUCAGCAGUUUUUUCCAAUAUUUACUCUAAAUAAAAAAAUAAAACUUUC